AGCCCCGCCCCUCUAAUCAGGUCAGCAGGGAGCACAACCGGGAACGCGUCGGCCGGAUGUCUCACUCGAGGAUACGAGUUUUUUACGAUUUUUACUAGUUUAAUAACUCCUUUCCGCGGGAUUGUGUCGGUGCGGUUCUCUCUGGAUGCGGCGAAGCGUGUGUUGGGUUCUCGGAGCGGCCUGACCCGGUGGAGGAUGCGGUGGGCGGUGCUCGCCCAGGUGGCGCUCUGCUGCCUGGGGACGGUGCGCUGCUUCUGUCCGGCCCAGUGCACCUGCACCCCCAACAGCCGGGACGGGGGCUCGGUCAGCAGCUCGGUGGUCUGCAACGACCCGGACAUGGCUGACAUCCCCAUCAACGUUCCGGUGGAUACGGUGAAGCUGCGCGUGGAGAAGACGGGCGUGCGGCGCGUCCCCAGCGAGGCCUUCUACUACCUGCCGGACCUGCGCUACCUCUGGAUCACCUACAACGCCGUGUCGGCCCUGGACCCCGGGGCCUUCUACAACCUCAAGCUGCUCCACGAGCUGCGCCUCGACGGGAACCAGAUCUCGGUGUUCCCCUGGGACGCCCUGAGGGAGAUGCCCAGCCUGCGCACCCUGGACCUCCACAACAACCGGCUGGCGGCCCUGCCGGCCGAGGCGGUGGCCCUGCUGCCGGGCCUCACCUACCUGGACCUGUCCUCCAACCGGCUCGGCACCCUGCCCUCCGACCUCAUGGACCUCUGGCCGCCCUUCAACGGGAGCCCCGUACGCAAGGGCGCCGGGCAGAAGGUCAUCCUAGGCUUGCAGGACAACCCCUGGAUCUGCGACUGUCGCCUCUCCAAGAUCAUCGCGCUCUCCAAGAUGACGGACUGCCCGGUGGUCCUGAUGGACCUGUUCGUGACGUGCAGCGUACCCGAGAACCUGGCGGGAGUUCUGCUGCAGCGGGUGGAGCUGGAGCAGUGCGUCAAACCCACGGUGAUGACCUCGGCCACCCAGCUCACCUCCCCGCUGGGCAGCAACCUCCUGCUGCGCUGCGACGCCACCGGCCUGCCCACGCCCUCGCUGCUCUGGGCCAAGUCCGACGGAACCUACCCCAACAACACGGUCCAGGAGUCUCCGGUGGACGGCGUGCGCUGGUCCAUCAUGAGCCUGCUGGGGAUCCUGGGGCGCGACGCGGGGAACUACAGCUGCAGCGCCAAGAACUACGCCGGCAACGCCCAGGCUACCAUCUCGGUGGCGGUGGCGGGGGGAGACGUUACCACGCCGCCGCCGCCGCCGCCCCUUGGGACCAGCGCGGAGCCAGGGACCAGCGGGGGGCCAGCGGUCAGCACCGCCCUUCCCUCGACCCCCUCAGUCACCUCCGCCUCCACCACCAUCAACACCACCCUCGUCCCCACCACCGCCGCCGCCGUCACCACCCCUGCCCCCGGCUCCUCGCCCCCUACCACCGCCCCCCCCAGACUGACCACCCCGCCGCCACCGCCCCCCCCGGCCGAGACCAAGUCCCCAACGCCCCGCCCCCCCAAACCCCCGCCCGGCAGCGACAGCAGGAAGCUGGCGGCCGACGAGACCAGCAAGAAGACGGACGCGUCGCGGGCCCUCAGGGGCCUGAAGGUGGUGGAGGAGGGGCCCGACAGCGCCGUGUUGCUCUGGACCACCCAGGGCCUGGCCCGGGACGCCGCCCUGACGGUGGUGUGCUCGCCGUACGGGGACCAGGACGCCAAGCGCACGCUGGAGACCACGGCGGGCAGCGGCAAGGUGCUGCUGGAGGGGCUGGCCCCCGGCCUGCGCUACUCGGUGUGCCUGGUGGGCCGGGGCCCCACCCAGGGGAAGGACCCCUGCCUGGACUUCUACACGCUGGGGGAGGGCGGCGGCCCCUCGCUGCUGCUGGUGGCCAGCUGGGUGGCGUGCGCGGUGGCCCUGCCCCUCAUCGGCCUGCUGCUCUACAAGAUCGUGGCGCUGUCGUGCAGCGGGCCGCCGCCCGACGCGGAGCAGCUGGAGAAGGAGAGCUACGUCGGGUUCGAGACUAUCUCCAUGAAGCAGCGGGGCCCCGGGGCCCGGGCCAGCGAGCUCUGGGCCCGCCGGGCCCCCAACGACUCGGAGAGGAUGAUGCUCUGCUCCCGCUCCAGCCUCGACUCCCAGACCACCUACAAGAGCGAGAGCUCCAGGUCAGAGUACCUCUGCUGACCUACGACCCCGACCAUGGGUGCACGAGUCACGUGGAGAGACGUUGGAGCAGAACCGGCCCUGAUUGGACGGUUUGAUGACAUUGAUUCAGGGUCUUAAUGGCCUCCAGGCUCCACCUAGGUGGGUCUUACUGGGCUCCUCUGGGCAGGUGAGGCUGCUGAAACCAGCCACCACACAACCCACUCGCC